AUGGCAAGAAGGUCGCUCAAGUCCUGGUGCAAUUAUGAAGCAGUGGCCAAAGAAGAAGACGACCCUUUCUUCUUCCCAACCCUCCUCUCCCCCGAUUUCAGUGGAAACGGAUGUUCAGCGUUGGAUGGGAACUUUUCUUUGCCAUUUGAUUAUCAGGAGAGCCUUUGCGAAGCUCCUCCUCUGAUCACAAGCUUCCCGCUCGAUCCUUUGUGCCCACAAAUUCUUGAUUUUGAGCACAACCCUCAUGAUGCUGUUCAAGAAGGUCUUGAUGUUCAAAAUUAUUCAGCAAGUGGGACUGGGAUCUUCGAGGAGAUGUGUGCACGGAACGAGCCCAAGAAACGUGGUCUGUUACUCCAUAACAGUGGCCAAGAUAAUUAUCUUAGUGAAGUGCGUGGUGGUGACAAGAGAUGCGCGAAAGAGGAGAGCGAUAGCGACGGCAAUAGCAGAAUGCUGUCGAGGGAGCAGAUAUCGCGGUACUUCUACAUGCCGAUAACUCGAGCGGCAAAGGAGCUCAACAUCGGGUUGACCCUCUUGAAGAAACGGUGUCGAGAGUUGGGCAUCCGCCGGUGGCCCCACCGGAAGUUGAUGAGCCUCCAAACUCUCAUCAAGAAUGUCCAGGAAAUGGGAGGAGACCCGGAGAACGUAGAGCAGCUCAGGAAGGUGGUGAAUUUGCUUGAGCUAGAGAAGAAGAUAAUGGAGGAGUUCCCUGAUGUACAGCUUGAGGAUAAGACAAAGAGGCUGAGACAAGCUUGUUUUAAAGCAAACUACAAGAAGAGGAAGCUGGUUGGACCGAUGGACUCAGGAAGCACUUCUUCUAAAAGCAGCCCAACUGCAGAAGAUGAGGGCAUGAGCACGGGAAUGGGAUAUGAGGAGGACGGUGAAAGAAACUGGGCUGUCCACCUCAGUCCUGCUAACAAUGAUGCAGCGGUUGCUGUUAUAAAACAAUCAUAUGCAUGA